AUGUCCUCACCACCAAACGAGUCAAAGGCUCUGUGUGACUACCUCGGAAUAGAGGAGGAGGUGGACUAUGGUAGCGAUACCAGUGUCCGCGGUGAUACAGGGACAAUGUCCGGAUCACUGAUGCAUGUGGCACAACCUUCGAAAACCCCAAAUCCGUUCGCUGAACGUGGAGAUGCGAGCGCGCCACCAGCGCAGCAUGCAGCAUCUAAGUCUGAUGAGACUAUCAUCACGAAACCGCUCGAUGAGCAAAAACAAGUGCUUGUCCAAAGAGAAGAAUACGCUCAGCGUUAA